CAAACGGAAGCUAGUGUAGCAUAGCAGCGUUAUGUCCGUACUCUCCACGCGAACAAACACAGUGGAAACACGGGGAUGUGUUCGUGUGUCGCGGGUAAAUAUUCCAGUUGUUUACCGAGCAGCAAUGUAUUCGCGUCAGCAUUUGAGCGAUUUAAUCGCCGAGCGACUAACUGCUGCUGCGGAAGAAAUAUUCAGAGCCUUCGAACAAACGAUCGUCGAGUACGAGGACGAGGCGAAUCGUCAGCGCAGACUGUUGGAGAUCCGCUGUAAACCUCGAGUAAAGUUACCACGAAUAGAGCUUCCACAGCAGCAUGUCUUUAAAGAGGAGGAGGUUCUCACAGAGCAGCAGCUCUGUAACCAGGAGAGGAACUUCAGUCUGGACCAAGAGGAACCAGAGUCUCUAAAGAUUAAAGAGGAGCAGGAGGCAAUCUGCACCGGUCACAAGGGAGAACAAGUUGAAGUGAAGCAGGAGGCUGAUGCCUCAGUGUUGACUCCUGAUCAUGAGGAAAGUGAUCCUGUGGAAGCAGAACCACACAGUGACCCCCAGCUCAUCUCUCACAGCUCUGCUGUAGCUGAGAGUCAAGAUCCGACAGGAAGUCACCAUGUGGAGAAAAACAUCAUUGAACACGAGGGGGAUGUGGAUCCUCAGUGCAGACUGUUCCAUGUGAAGUGGGGCCCUGUAAUAAAGUUACACAGGACAGAGCUUCCACAGCAGCACGUCUGUAAAGAGGUCGAGGUUCUCGCUGAACAGCAGCUCUCUAACCAGGAGAGGAAUGCCAGUCUGGACCAAGAAGAACCAGACUCUCUGAUUAAAGAAGACCAGGAGGAAAUUGCCACCAUUCAUGAGAGUGAACAGCUUGAACUGACGCAGGAGGCUGAUGCAGCAUUGUUGACUCCUGAUAGUGAAGAAGGUGAUCACAUGGAAGCAGAAUCAGACAGUGACCAUCAGCUCCUCUCUCACAGCUCUCCUGUAGCUGAGAGUCAAGUUCAGACAGGAAGUAACCAUGUUGACACUGUGUCUAAUAGAAAAGCUGAGUCAAAGCCACGCAAGAGAAGUGACAGGAACAAAGUAGACAACUGUCACACAUCAAAGAUUGAGUCUGAAACUCACACAGGUAAAAAGUCUUUAAAAUGUGAUCCUUGUGGAAAAAGAUUUGCUUACGAGUCUAAACUUGUUCUGCAUAUGAGAGUCCACACAGGAGAGAAACCAUUUCCUUGCACGACAUGUGCUAAACGUUUUAGAACCAAAUUGAAAUUGAUUUUUCACAUGAGAACUCACACAGGUGAGAAGCCAUAUUCCUGUGAAACAUGUGGAAAGUGUUUUAGUCAAAGUUCGCAUUUGAUGGUCCAUGAAAGAACUCACACAGGUGAGAAGCCAUAUUCCUGUAAAACAUGCGGAAAGUCCUUUAAUCAAAAUUCAUAUUUGAUAGUCCAUGAAAGAAUGCACACAGGUGACAAACCAUUUUCCUGUGUAACGUGUGGAAAGUGUUUUAAUCAAAGUUCACAUUUGGUAGUCCAUGAAAGAACUCACACAGGUGACAAACCAUUUUCCUGUGAAACAUGUGGAAAGUGUUUUAAACAAAGUUGGAGUUUGCGCCUGCACCAGAGAAUUCACACUGGUGAGAGACCAUAUUCGUGUAAAGAAUGUGGAAAGUGUUUUACGCAAAGUUCGUAUUUGAGAGUCCAUGAGAAAGGUCACUCAGUUGAGAAGCCAUAUUCCUGUGAAAUGUGUGGAAAGUGUUUUAGACACCGUUGGAGUUUGAGAGUCCAUCAGAGAAUUCACACAGUUGAGAGGCCAUAUUCGUGUAAAACAUGUGGAAAGUGUUUUAAGCAAAGUUCAUAUUUGAGAGUCCAUGAAAAAAGUCACUCAGCUGAGAAGCCAUAUUCCUGUGAAACGUGUGGAAAGUGUUUUAAGAGAAGUUCCUGUUUGUUAACUCACAAAAAAACCUCACACUAGUCCGAAGUCA